GGCCGAUGUGCCGUGUCAUCAAUAAUCGUCUUCGGCCGCGAGCAGUAGUGUCUCGAAUCCAGUUAGAGUUAAUGGUGCUUCCUAUAAGAAAAUCUUUUUACCGUCUCAUGAUUCAUUGGCGACUAAGUAGAGCCUCUAGUCGUUUGAACUGAACGAAUCAAAGUGUGAUAGGAACCUUUUUUCUUUUUCCUGGAGUUGUUGGACCGGUGCAACGUAACAGCGGCACGAAGCAACCAUCUAGAAGACAAAAAUGGGUCUCCUGUACAAAAUCCGGAUAAGGAUAGUGAAUGUGUUGGUAUUCUUUUUCCUGGUCGUUCUUAUGCCAGGAUUGCCUCCGAAGACCACGUUCCCUUUUGAAGGGUUCAGCAUACCCCCGUUGAAGGAACUCAAGGGGGCGUUGGAGCUGAACAAUCACCUGGACAAUGCUGAUCGGAUUUUCGAGCACACCGUGUUCGGUCCGGAGGCGCUGCUCGUACGCGGCGAGGAUAUUUACGCCACCGUUAAGGAAGGCGAGGUUAUCCGCAUCCAUGGGCCCAACAUCGCGCAUAUUGCCAAAUUCGGCAAGCCCUGUGGUAGUGAGGAGGAGUUCUACGAGGAGGAAAUAUGUGGUCGGCCACUUGGUAUGGCGUUCGAUACGCAGGGAUUCAAUUUGAUAGUAGCGGACGCGUAUUACGGCAUUUGGCUGGUGGAUAUUGAAACGCGCGACAAAACGCAAUUGGUGUCGCGCGAUGUUGUGCUUGAUGGCGAUGGAGUUAAUCGAAAACCAAGACUGUUCAACAGUGUAGCCGUUGCGAAGAAUGGCGAUAUCUACUGGACCGAAUCGAGCUCUGAUUUCGAUCUUCAGGAUGGGAUUUAUACUAUCUUUGCGAAUCCCUCCGGUCGCCUCUUCCAUUACGAUAGGAAAACGAAAAAGAAUACCCUUCUUUUGGAUCGUUUGUAUUUCGCUAAUGGUGUGGCUUUGAGUCCGGGUGAAGAUUUCGUGUUGGUUUCGGAAACUAUGUCCUCACAAGUCCAUCGAAUUUAUCUGAAGGGUCCAAAGGCUGGAACGACUGAUAUUUUCGUUGAUGGUUUGCCUGGCCUAACCGAUAAUUUAAUCGGUGAUGAUGAAGGACUUUGGGUGCCAUUGGUCAUGGCUGCAGAUGAAGAAAAUCCAUCUUUGCCGCGACUAUUGUCGAAGGUGCCACUGAUUCGCAAGUUUUUGGCGCGCAUGCUUGCUUUGGCAGAGAUGCCCUUCCGCUUCUUGAAUCAGGUUAUGCCAAACUCUGUCACCCAACGAUUGACGUAUGUGAUUGGUCAUUUCGAGACGGUCUCUUUCGCCAAUCCUGAUCGAGUGACUAUUGUUCGUUUGGAUUGGAACGGAAAUAUAGUCGGAUCGUUACAUGGAUUUGAUAGAUCAGUUGAAUCAAUUUCGCACGUUGCCGAGGAUGAAGACUCUCUGUAUCUUGGAUCACCAUACAACCAUUAUCUUGCGCGUGUCAACAAGCCAAAGGUUCCGAAAAUACGUGUUCAAAAUGUAAAAUUUGAACCUGAACCAACAACCACAAAAAAGCCUGAAGUAACUACUCCUGCUCCUACUACUACUACAACCACAACGACUACCACCACGCCCAAACCAUCGACAACUACGACGAGGAAACCAGCAUCUACUACCACCACGACAACUACCCCUAAACCAACAACCACCACAACGACGACUACUACCACACCUAAACCAGCAACGACACCGAAACCAACGACAACAACUACGUCCACAACAACGGCUAAACCAACUACAACCACCACCACCCCUAAGCCAACAACGACAACCACGACGCCAAAACCUGUCGUAAAACCAUCCCCGAAACCGACAACUACCGUACCUACAACCACCACCAUCACUACCCCACCCCCAGUAGAGAAGGAAAAGCCAGCAGCCUCAUCGACCACAACCAAACCAUCAUCCGGAAGCAGCAGUAGUACUACCGAAGUUCCCAAACCGAAAAAGAAAAAAGAUAAACCAACAACAACGCCCACAACCACACCUGCACCGGAAAAACCAACCGUUCCGGCGCCAAUCCACGAGAAAAUUCCAAAUGAUACCCCCAAACCACAGCCGGAUAAACUAAAAGUAAUCAAGAGGGGUGGCGAGCAGGGUGAACUCUAAUCCGUUGAUCACGCGAGCGAGCGUAUGAGUGCAUGAGUUACCCGAAAAGCAAACGCACAAUUUCCAUUUGGCAGCAGCCUAAGAAAAAAAGCUGAUUGUUUUUGUAAGUGAAUAAUUCCUCAUUCCAAGUGACCGCUGCUGUCUAAGGCAGAGACAGUUGCAUUCGGUUUAUUUCGGAACAUUCCCUUAUUUUACUGUGAGGCAGUGAUUUUUUUUUCUCGGGCACCUACUGUUUCUCGCAAAGCGUGAAACAUUUGACCUGAGAAAAAUAUAAUUUAUCGAGUAACGAGAACAAAAACGCGAUCACAUUAGAGAGAUUAAUUUUGGAUGUGGAUUACUUUUGGGAGCCACAAAUUAAGACUGUUGAGUACCCUCACUCUUCUAUUAUUGGGUUGGGCUGGGUCUUGCGAGGUAUUGUGUAAAUGGUUUAAGUGAGCAUUGUAUCGUUGUCCCUUUUUUUUGUCUGCGACCAUUCAUUCAAAGUCUAUAACGGUAGACUAAGUAGAGGAUAAGUUUUUCAUAGUUGCUAAUAGAGAAAAAAUGUGGUAAAAAAG